AUGCAAGCAUCAUCAUCAUCAACGUCAUCAACAACAGCAAAUACAUCUGGUCCAGCAUUACCAAAAGCUAGAUUUAACUGGAUAUUUUCAGCUGAUAAAUUUUCCUCCACACCGUCAAAUCGUGAUGGAAUAUCAUCUGAAGAAGAAUUAGCUAUACGACAACAAGGAGCUGUUUUUAUAUAUGAAUUAGGUACAAAUUUAAAAGUGCCACAUUAUUGUAUUAAUACAGCGGUUGUUUAUAUGCAUCGUUUUUAUAUGAUUAAUUCGUUUCAUCGAUUUACUCGACAAGUAAAUUGAAAAAUAAUUUUUUAAAUAUUUCAUCAUAAUUAUUUUAUUGUGUUUUAGAGAGUAUGUGCAGCAUCGUUAUUUCUUGCGUGUAAAGUC